CCAGGGAAGCUGGGAGCUGUGGGAGGGAAGAGCCGGGGAGCCCUCUCUGGGUUGCACAUGUGGCUCUGAGCUCUGACUGCUCACCUGCCCGCUACCUCCCUCUCCAGUCACUGCCUGCAGUCACAGAGGCCCCAGGAGUUCCAGUGACUUCAGGACAUGGCUGCUGGCGUGAUCCGGCCUCUCUGUGGCUUCCAGCUGCCCCUGCAGUCCCACCAGCCCUUCCUGAGCUCAGACCCAGAGCCCCUUGAAACUUCAGAGGAGGAGGAGGAAGAAGAGGAGGAUGAGGACAAUGACGACAGGGAGGGCGAGGAGCUAGAGGGCAAGGGGUCCCCUCAGAACUCAGGGGUGGCUCCCCAAGGUCCCAACAGCCCAGAGACUCCGCUGAGGCUGCUGCGCUUCUCAGAGCUCAUCAGUGGUGACAUCCAGCGGUACUUUGGUCCUAAGGACAAGGGGCAGGACCCAGAUGCCUGUGAUGUCUAUGAGGAUAGCCACUUGGCCAGCCACUCAGCCCGAGAGCUGUACUAUGCUGACCUGGUGCGCCUGGCUCAGGGCGGGGCCCCAGAGGACGAGGAGGCCACUGAGCCUGAGGUCCACUUGUCCAGGGGAUCUGAGGGGCAGGCACACAGGUCAGGCUUCAGCAAGGAUGGGACACUGCCACUGGGACCCCUGGCUGAGCUCUUUGACUAUGGGCUGCGGCAGUUUCUGGGGCCCAGGGCAUCAGCUGGCCACAGACUGAGGCUGGAACGGAAAUACAGCCACAUCACCCCCAUGACCCAGAGGAAGCUGCCCCCAUCCUUCUGGAAGGAGCCGGCGCCCAGUCCCCUGGGCCUUCUCCACCCUGGCACACCAGACUUCAGUGACCUGCUGGCCAGCUGGUCAUCUGAGGCCAGCCCUGAGCUGCAGGGUGGGGGUGCUCAGGCAUUGGAGGGGACACAACUGACCGAAGCCUAGAGACUGGGCAAGGUCAAGGCUGUGCUGGAGGCAGCAAAGGCCACCCUU